AUGUCUCUGAAACCGAACCUGGAUCAAUUGGCUCUCAACCCCUUCUCUCUCAUCCCCUUCUCUGUCAACCCCUUCUUAGUCAUCCCCCUCUCUUUCGUCCCAGUCUCUGUCGCCCCCCUCUCUGUCGCCUUGUUCUUCGUCACCCUCUUCUCAGUCACCCGCUUCUCUCUCACCCCCUUCUCUACCAGCCCCUCCCUGCCAACUUCCUCCCUGCCCUUUUCCCUCCCCCUCAUCGCUUGUCCUCUGGGAGGGGCUGAAUGGCCCGAGGGUCCUCUGGGAGGCACUAACGGUGAAUACCUGGCCGAAAUCUGUCUCCUUCUUCCCCAAGCUGCGACGCUACCUGCCGCCUUCCUCCCCAAGCGCUGCAGUGUUGUCAUCCCUCAUCGCAAACCCCUUCUCCCUUGCCUCGAACCCCCUCUCUCCCUCUCAAGCGCGUCUUCCUGGCAGACAGCACGAGCGUUCGGCUUCUACGACGGCACCCAACAGACCGAAGUCAACCAGCUGAAUACCGGCCGUACCCAGCUGAAUACUGACGGCACCCAGCUAAAUUCCGGCGGCGACCAGCUGAAUUCCGGCGGCGACCAGCUGAAUUCCGGCGGCGACCAGCUGAAUUCCGGCGGCGACCAGCUGAAUUCCGGCGGCGACCAGCUGAAUUCCGGCGGCGACCAGCUGAAUUCCGGCGGCGACCAGCUGAAUUCCGGCGGCGACCAGCAGCAGCUGAAUUCCGGCGGCGACCAGCAGCAGCUGAAUUCCGAUGGCGUUCAGACCGACAACUCCGUGACGCCGAUUGCAAAUGACAACAGCGGAUACACCAAUAGCGUUGAAUCUGUCCCCGCCAAAACCAGCAAAACGAACUCCGGCGAAAAUUCCGCGGCGAUUGUCGUUCCCGUUGGCGCGACAGUCGGCCCGAUAGCCGUCAACGCCGCUGGCGGGCUCAGAGUGACGGGCGGCAACAACCAGGUGGAGAUUAAUCCUUCCGGGAGUGCUGACGUCAGCUCUGAUCUGCUUAAGACAAGCGCUUCUGGGGAUGCAAUUGGCUCCGCGAAGUUCAACCGUGAGGGGGUUACCGCGAACGUCGACGGAUCUGCAAACGCGAACGUGUUUAACGGCAUCGGGACGGGCGAGGCGAAGGCGAAGGGCAGCGCCGGCGUGACGAAAUCCGGGGUCAACGCGGACGCUUCGGUUGGCGCGAAUGCUGACGUGGCAGGCGUGGGAGCGAAUCUGAAUAUCGGCGCUGGCGGCGGGUUCAACAAGAAAGAAGUUAACGCGAAUGCCGGGUUUGGAGUUUACGGGAACGUGGGGAAUAUCGCAGGUGCCGGAACUAAUAUCGGGUCGAAGGCAAAGGUUAGCCGCGACGAGGUUUCCGCGGACGCCGGGUUUGGAAUUGGCGCGAGUGUGAAAGGUAUUGGGGCUGGAGGUACGGCCGCGUCGGCGGCUGAGAUUAGCCGCAAAGGCGUGAAAGCUGGGGCGAAUGCGGGCGCUUCGGUGCAACUCGGUGACGUUUACUCGAGGAGCUUAGACGUUUCGGCGCGGGCGGAGCUGCGUGGGUUGGGAUUUGAGCUGAAUGUGAAAACCGUCGACCAGGCGAAAAUUUUGGGAUUUCGUCGUAUACCCCCUCCCUCUCCCCUUUGCCUUCCCCCUCCCUCUCCCCCUCCCCAUCCCCCUUCCCCUCCCCCCUCCCCCUUCCCUUCCCCCCCAUCCCCCUCCCUCUCCCCCUUCCCUUCCCCCUUCCUCUCCCCCUUCCCUUCCCCCUUCCCCUCCCCCUUCCUCUCCCCCUUCCCUUCCCCCUUCCCCUCCCCCUUCCUCUCCCCCUUCCCUUCCCCGUUCCCCCCCCCUACUUUCCCUUUUUACCGCACCCUUUGUCCACCACCAACAACACCACCUCCUCCUCCACCUCUUCCAUUUCUCUCCCCCUCUUUUCACUUCUCCCACCCUCCCCCCGCCCCCCCCUUAUAUCCCCAAUCCCUGCAUUCCCCCCUCUCUUCCUUCCACCAACCCCCCUCUCCCCACUAUUUCCCCCCAAACCAUCGCAUGUUCCGCAUCAAGAAGAAGGAGGUCGCCCGCACCCUCCUCACAACACUCUUUCCUGGUACCCAUCCUCUCACUCCUCUCUUCCCCCUCUCCCCCCUCACCCUCCAAACCAUCAGCAAGUUCCGCAUCAAGAAGAAGGAGGUCGCUCGCUCCCUGCGCUGCGUCAACUGCUCCUCCCCUCCCACCCCCUCCUCUCCCUCUCCCUCCCCUCCCUCCUCUCCCUCCCCUCCCUCCUCUUCCCCCUCCCCUCCCUCCACCUUUCCCUUGUUCUCCUGA